CAAACAAACUUACUGUUAACGAUGUUUGAUUAUAGAUUUAUUAAAAAUUUGGAUGAUUUUUGACAAUAUCGUUCUUGCUUUAAAAAAAGUUGUUGGACAGUUUCAAAGCAAAUUAGAGAAGCAAAUUAAGAAGAAGAUGAAGAUGAAAUUGAAAAAAGAAAAAAUGUUGAAAGGACUACAAGGGAAAUCAAAUGAAAACAAUACAAGUCCAGUCCAGUCCAAAAAGCAAAAGAAAAAGAUGAAACAACUUGCAGUAGAUAAAGGUCCAAACUCAUCUGUUGAAAUUGUGAACCCGGUUGAUGAGCAGCAGAAUAAAAAGAAAAAUAAGAAGAAAAGGAAACUUGAAGAUAGUAAAGUUACUACAGAGGAUGUUAGCAAGAAAAAAAUGAAGAUACAAAAAGUGGAGUCUGAAAGUUCAAGUGAAGACGACAGUGAAAUAGAACAAGUUGACAAAGAUGUUAAUGUGAUACAAGAAAUUAAAAAAGGAAGUAAAGUCAAUAAUGCCAAAAAAGUGACAGAUGAAAGUGAUGAUGAUGAAAGCGAUGAUGAUGAGGAGGAGGAUAUUGCUGAUGAUGAAAAUGAUGAGGAUGAUGUGGCUGAUGAGAAUGAAUUGGAGGAAGAAGAUGAAGAUGGUAGUGAAGGUGAUGAUGAUAAUGAUGGUGAAGAUGAUGACGAUAAUGAUGGUGAAGAUGAUGAAGAAGAAGGUACAGACAUUAAACCUCCAGAAGAACAAACUUUGCCUGGGAGCUCUCUUGGUGCUGGCAUAGUAACGGAUAAAUCUUUUAAGAGUCUGGAAGGGCGAGUGUGUGCCAACACUCUUGAUGGUAUAAAGGAUAUGGGGUUUACACAUAUGACUGAAAUACAAGCUAUGGCAAUACCACAUCUACUGGAAGGGAGGUUUACUCUUUGUAUAAUUCUUAUGAAAAAUAAUUUCUUCAAUAAUUUCUGCAUAUCAUUUAAUCAUUCUGCUAUAUUUCUAGGUACUGGUGUAAUUGUCAUAUCUCCUACACGAGAACUGUCCAUGCAGACUUUUGGUGUAUUGAAGGAGUUACUAAAAUAUCAUUGCCACACCUACGGCCUCAUUAUGGGCGGGACCAACAGACAUGAGGAGGCGAAAAAAUUGAGUAAAGGUGUCAAUAUACUUGUAGCCACGCCUGGUCGACUUCUAGAUCAUUUACAAAAUACACAGGACUUUAUGUACAAGAAUCUACAGUGUUUGAUAAUAGAUGAGGCUGACCGUAUCCUUGAUGUCGGCUUUGAAGAGGAAAUGAAACAAAUCAUCAAACUUCUACCAAAGAGAAGACAGACAAUGUUGUUUUCAGCUACACAGACAAGAAAAGUUGAAGAUUUAGCAAGAAUAUCACUGAAGAAAGAGCCAUUAUAUGUCGGAGUUGAUGACAAGAAAGAUCAAGCCACUGUUGAUGGUUUAGAGCAGGGCUAUGUAGUGUGUCCAUCAGAGAAGCGUUUUCUGCUGUUGUUCACAUUUCUCAAGAAGAAUCGUAGGAAGAAGAUGAUGGUGUUUUUGAGUUCCUGCAUGGCGGUCAAAUUUUACAAUGAACUGUUGAACUAUAUAGAUCUACCAGUCAUGUGUAUUCAUGGUAAACAGAAACAGACUAAACGAACACAAACAUUUUUCCAGUUUUGUAACGCAAAAGAGGCGAUUUUGUUAUGUACUGAUGUUGCAGCUAGAGGGUUAGAUAUACCAGCCGUUGAUUGGAUCGUACAAGUUGACCCACCAGAUGAUCCUAAGGAAUACAUACAUCGAGUAGGCAGGACAGCGAGAGGGGAGGGCGGAGUUGGUCACGCAUUGUUAAUAUUAAGACCAGAGGAACUUGGAUUUCUGCGUUUCUUAAAACAAGCAAAAGUCCCUCUGAAUGAGUUUGAGUUCUCAUGGAGUAAAAUUUCCGACAUACAACUGCAGCUGGAAAAAUUAAUAGAGAAGAACUACUUCCUGAAUAAAUCAGCCCACGAGGGUUACAAGUCAUAUGUUCGAGCGUAUGCCUCGCACAGUUUGAAGAAUAUAUUUGAUGUGAAUACACUGGAUCUCCAGAAAGUGGCAUUGUCAUUUGGUUUCAAGACUCCGCCAUUUGUAGAUCUGAAUGUGCAUGGUAGUAAAAGUCGGGGCAGUGGUGGAGCCAGAAAUAAGCAAGGAGGUGGGGCAUUUGGAUACCAGCGUAGUAAACACCAGUUCAAGUCAAAGGUUUUCAAGCAAGUUGGUGGAAACAAGAAAUCUGGAAGCAAGAGGCAGUUUUCACGGUGACAGGACUAUAUGUGCCGGACAAUCUGACAACAUAAAUCAUUGUUACAGAUAAAAUACGUACCUGUACAACGAAAUUAUCUGUUUAAAUGCAGCUACAUAAAAUUUGAUAUUUUUUAUUUCAUCAUACGAAAAUUAGAGAGCUAUUAAAGAGACUUAAAAUAAUGUUGUUGCUGAUUAAGAAGAUUCACCAUGGCUGGGCAGAAAGUUAACCUGUCCUUUUCCUUUGGGUAUUUUAUUGAAUAUUUAAAGAUAAAACAUCUGAGGGAGCUAAUUUUGGUCCAUAGUGUGUCAAUUCCUGCAAUACAUUGACAAGCAAUAUAGAGGGAGUAGAGACAGGUGGACAACUUGAUGAUCUGAAAACUAGAAUAAAAUGUAUGAUGUUUAUAUUACACAUUUAUUGCUGGUUUAGAUCAAUAUUGAUAAUGCCAUUGUAUAAUUUCACUACUUAUUAUGACUUCUUGUAAAAUAAGAUACAUGUUGACAUGGUUGACAUGUAUGUGUAUUAUUGUGAAAACUAUUUUAAUGAGCCUUCUUAUUUGAAUAUAACAUGCAAGUUUAAUAUCUUAAUUGCAAUUUAAAACAUUUGAUUUAUGUCAAAGUCAGUAUAUUAAAAAUACAAUGGAUAUUAAAUAUGCAGGUCAUAAGAUAUUGUACAUUUUCAUAUAUAUGUAGUUUGUUGGUUUUUUUUUCAUUUUGGCUAUAGUGAGACAUAGCCUUAAUUUCAGCCGCGUGUGAGCCAAUGACAUACUUGGGUGUUUGGGCAAAUUGGUAAUUGAUUGAUUGAAAAUAUGUAUAUAUGUAAGAUCUUGUUCUUAUUGCGAAAUAAAACAUUUUUAAUCCAUCAAA